UCGCUCUACCACCCUCGCUCUCUUUCCACUGCACUCGCUCCUUGUAUCAGGUGAUCGGGUUAAUUGGGAACCCACCUGCACAUUGAUUGCAGGGUGGCGCUAGCCUGUAUAAAGCUAAGCCGAUGUCUUGUUGGAUUAAUUCCUCCCGAGCUUCUGGUACGAUACAGCAGUAAAUGCUGGCGUACUGCGACGGACUGAUCAGCAAGAGCCGAUUAUAUGACAGCUACAGGUAUGCUCUCGCUUAACCUUAGAUUCCCUCCGAACACUGGAAUUGGUGUUAAUAUCUUUUUCCGGCCUGUUGUAGCGCAGCAGUCUGUUUAAUUUUGCCAUUGCGGAGAGAGGUGUUCGUGGUAUCUCCACCAAUGAGAGUAUAGUGCCUCCGGUCCUGGGGUAAGCCGUUAGAACUACUUUUAUUAGCAUUCAUAGCUAUAAGAGUUUAAGGUUACAUUUAUCUGUUUCAGGGAUCACUGCUGUACUCACCUCUCCAUGGUAAAUUGUCCAACCUAAAUUGGAAGAGUGGACUGCCUUCUCAGCUGCUGUUGUGAACUCCUCCUUGGUGGAGUCUGCUGUCUUGUCUUGUUUUGUCUUAUCUUGUUUUUAUUAAGUAGGCUUACCCUUUUUUGGGUUCGCCUGGUGUUUUAUUUUACCCUGGGCUGUUGUUCCUACCCAUACUUCUGUGAUCGGGCUGAAGUGAUUCUCUGCCCGAGUGUCGUGCUGGGACUCUAAAUCACCUGGGUGGCCGGUCUCAGCCGGUGGGGAGCCAGACCGGCCUACGCCUGAGAAUAAUUAUUACCAGCACGAGUGUGAAGGAGGACGAGCCAGUGGCCCUGGGACCUCAGGUGGUGGGUCGUUUUCACACUUUCUUUUGUACAGCACUGGGUGGUCUGCAGUGAUUCUUGUGGUGUGAUUUUCUUUUGGUUCCACGGCUGCUGGUAAGUCCAAGUUCCACGAUUGUUUAUUUUUACUGUAGGACACUGUCAAUAAUGACGCUACAUCUUGACUUUUAAUAUUUUAUUUAUAAAAUAUUAUUUAUAAUAUUUUAUUCAUUUUUAUAAAUAAAACUGUUUUAAUAUUGGAAGCCAACCUGCCUCAGUGUGCAUCCUUGAAUCUGUGCGGUCUUCUUUUAUUCCUUUUCUUUAUUUUUCUUAAAUAUAUUUCCUGGGGGUGUAAUUCCCCUAGGUGGCGUUGUCAAGUUUAUUUAUUUUGUUCAUAACCCCGCCGACCACUUGGUCACAUACUUGGCGUUGGUCGACAGGAUGCACAUUUGAGGUAGAUGUUCGGUUUUGUAAAUUGUUUUUUUUUGCAACGAUCCUAGUUCACCUGUUUGAAGGCUCUAUUUGUUUUAAAGUGUGAUUAUAGACAAGACAGCAGUAUCCAGGUAGAAGGAAGAGUAGUAGGAUUUUAGCACCUUGCUGAUUUAAUUUUCUUUUUUUUGGGUCAAAAUUUAUUAUGGAGGAAGAAUUGCAGCAACUUAGAGACUUGGUAGCGCAGUUAAGGGCAGAUAAUGAGCAAUUGCGCCGGGAUGGGGGCGCUGUGCUCGAGUCUGGUGGUGGGGCCGCGUCGUCCUCUUCUGUACCAGCUGGUUGCAUACCAAAUGUUGGUAGCCAGGCCGCCGUUACAGAGCGUCUGGUGGUGGUGCCUAGGGACCGUAAAUGUCCCAUGUUCAAUGGUAGAACGGGCAUCAAUAUAGCUGAAUGGGUUGAAGAGGUUCAAGCAUGCAUGCGUGCCCGGCACCUGUCUGUUGCUGAUCAAGCUUUCUUUAUUUUUGACCAUUUAGAGGGAGAAGCAAGGGAGGAGAUCAAAUUUCGCCCUAAUUUAGAGCGAGGGGAUCCUGCUCGGGUGUUGACCAUUUUAAAGGAACUGUAUGGCAAUGCGCAGUCCUAUGUCACUCUGCAGCAGGCUUUUUUUUCGAGGAGACAGCGGGAGGGAGAGACUUUGCAGGAGUUUUCCUUAGCGCUAAUGGCUCUGAUGGAGCAAGUAAAACAAAGUGCACCUGAUGGUAUGCGUAACGCAGAGGUGUUGCUCCGAGACCAAUUUGUAGAACAUGUGGUCGAUAGUGGUCUCCGCAGAGAGCUUAAACAAUACGUUCGCCGUGUGCCUACUGCCACCUUGUUAGAGGUGCGCGGGGAAGCAAUUAGAUGGGAAAGAGAAGGGUUUUCAGGCGGUGUUCGCGACCGUGGCUAUUCUCAACCAUCGGCAUAUGGUUUUCAGUGCGGAGUGCACACUAGCCCUAGGUUCGCUCCUGUUGGUACACCCGAGUCCGAGUGGCGUGAGCUAAAGGAACUCCUAAAGCGCCAACAAGAGCAGUUAAAUCAGCUCACUGAGACAGUGGUUUCUUUACAGAACCCCCGAAGAAGUGUUCGGCCUUCACGGGCUGGCUCGGUGAUUUGUCGCCGGUGUCAGCAGCCAGGACACUUUGCUAGGGAGUGCACUGGGGAGCGGGCUUCACGCCGCCCUAGAGCAGGUUCUGAUUCAGGCCCUCCUUAUGCCGCAGUUGGCAAUCAUCUUCCCGCUACCCAGUCGGAAAACUAACGCCAUCUGAGCUGCAGAGUCACAGUUCAGGUGGGGAGUUCACUGGCUCACAGAAAGAUAGGAUUGGCAGGCUAAUUUCAUCGUGUCCAAAGAUGGAUGUGCUUAUUAGUGGGGUAACUGUCCCUUGUUUGGUGGAUACUGGGUCCAUGGUUUCCACCAUCACAGAAAGUUUCUUUUUGGCACAUUUUGCCCCUUGGGGACAGGAACGCCUUCAGUCAUGCCAUUGGCUACAGCUUCGGGCUGCCAAUGGGCUUGCCAUCCCUUACAUUGGCUAUUUGGAGCUCAGUGUACUCCUGUGUGGCAAGGAAAUGCCCUCUUGUGGAAUCCUUAUAGUGAAGGACCCUCCUGGGGCUACGCCCUCUGUCCCUGGCAUCUUAGGAAUGAACGUAAUCCGCCGCUGUUAUCAAGAACUGUUUGGGGCUUUCGGUGGCUCCUUGUUUAAUUCUCCUUCUGUGUCACAGGCACCGAGACCAGUUUUGGAGGCCUUACAUCAGUGUCACCAGUCUGCAGCCCAAGCCCCAGAGGACCCUGUCGGUACCGUUAAGGUACAGGGCCCGCGGGCCGUGCGGAUACCUGGUGGUGUUAUGCAGCUGGUGGCCACUACUUGUUCUCAGCAGUUGUCAGGUCAGGCUGUGCUUUUUGAACCUUCUGAGUCCGGGUUGCCCGUUGGGUUGCUGGCCUCUCCAUGUUUGGUCCAGGUGGAUAAGGGCGUUGCCUACAUCCCAGUCACCAAUGUAGGGACAGCGGAAGCUGUUCUCCACCCGCGGACCCGUUUGGGAGUGAUAAGCAAAGCUACUGUUGUUAGCCUCCCUGCUGGUGUUAGCGAGGAACACUCUUUUCCCGUUACCGUUUCCUCCCAUACAACCAGCAGCCCUGCUCAAGAGAUGGUGGAUACGAUUGACCUGUCUGCUCUCGCUGAGCCAGAGCAACAUGAGGUACGGUUACUUUUGCGGAAGUACAGCUCUGUUUUCUCCACUUAUGAGGGAGACUUGGGCUGCACAAACCUCAUUUCGCAUGACAUACCACUGCUCGACGACGCACCUGUCCGGCAGAGGUACAGGCGAAUUCCUCCUUCUGAUUACGAGGCUGUCAGGGCUCAUAUCAACCAGCUACUGGAGGCCCAGGUAAUUAGGGAAAGUAGCAGUCCGUAUGCCUCUCCCAUCGUGUUGGUCCGCAAGAAGGAUGGAAGCCUCCGUCUGUGCGUUGACUACCGUUUGCUGAAUAGCAAAACAAGGAAGGACGCCUUCCCCUUACCUCGCAUCGAGGAAAGUCUGGAUGCCCUAGCUGGCGCACGCUGGUUUUCUACCAUCGAUCUGGCCAGCGGGUACAACCAGGUGCCAGUUUCUGAGCAGGAUAAGCCCAAGACCGCUUUUUGCACGCCGUUUGGCCUGUUCGAGUGGAAUCGUAUGCCAUUCGGGCUGUGCAAUGCUCCUGGUACCUUCCAGCGCCUAAUGCAGAGGAUGUUCGGGGAUCAGCAAUGCCAGUCAUUACUGCUGUACCUAGACGACAUCAUUGUGUUCUCCUCGUCUGUCUCUCAGCACCUGCAACGGCUAGAGAUGGUGAUGGCAAGGCUGCAGCAACAGGGGCUCAAGGCUAAGUUAGAAAAGUGUGCCUUUUUCCAGCAGAAGGUUAACUACUUGGGCCAUGUAAUCUCCUGCGAGGGUGUCUCGACCGAUCCAGCCAAGGUUGACGCAGUAGCCAAAUGGCAGUGUCCUCGUUCUGUGUCAGAGUUGCGAUCCUUUUUGGGUUUUGCCAGCUAUUACCGGCGCUUUGUGGAG